AUGGCCUUCGCCCACCACUUCUUGCCCACCGUCUAUCUGGUGGUGAUCCCCCUGGGGCUGGUGGGGAACGGGCUGGGCCUGUGGCAGCUGUGGACUGGGCUCCAGCGGAGCCCGCCCAGCACCCUGAGCCUGCUGGUGGGCAACCUGGGCCUGGCCGACCUGCUGUACGUCAGCACGCUGCCCUUCCUGGUGAGCUACUAUCUGCAGGGCAGAGUGUGGCUCUUCAGCAAGGCCUGGUGUCGGCUCACCCGGGGACUCUUCCACCUCAACCUCUACGCCAGCAUCUGCUUCCUCACCUGCAUCAGCGUCCACCGGUACCUGGGCAUCGUGCACCCGAUGAAGAUGCGGGGCAGGUGCCAGUCUCUGACCUCUUCCAUGUGGCUCAGCUUGAUGGUCUGGGUGUGGGUCAUCACGCAGGUAGCUCCUGAUUUCGCCUUCAGCAAAAUGGACUACACAGGGAUGCGGUGCCACGACACAACGGACCACAAGAGCCUGGGCAUUUAUUUGCCAUACACCGCAGCCAUCACCGUGACUGGCUUUGUCAUCCCCUUCCUCAUCAUCAUCGGAUGCUAUGGCCAUGUGGUUGUGGUGCUCUGCAGGAACGACACUGUGGACUCCAGCCUACGGAGAAGAAGCAUCAAACUGGUGAUUGUCGUGAUGGUCCUCUUCUCGCUCUGCUUCCUGCCCUAUCACAUAUUCAGAAACCUCAACUUGUUGUCUCGAAGCUGGCAACUGCAAGGGUCCUGCACACAGACUUUAAAGAACAUUUACAUUUCCUACCAGGUGACCCGGGGCCUGGCCAGCUUGAACAGUGCCUUGAACCCCCUGCUCUACAUAAUGACCAGUGAAGACCGCGUGUCACGCGUGAGGACUCUCCAGCAAAGGGCCAGCCAGUCUCUGCGCUCUCUCUUCAGGAGUGAAGCCAGGCACCGGACAGAUGAGAAGAAAAUCAACAUCAUUCUCUCUGAGCGGGAGUUUUCUGACAAGCCCUGAGUUACCCAGCUCAAGAUGUGGAUUUGAGACAGGACUCUCCCCUUCACCUCAGGAGAAGCAAAGAGAAUUAACUGUCUACCUUGCAGGAGUGCUGUAAGGGCAGAUUUUGAGGGGAAGUGCUUUGGAAAUGGAAAUGUUCAUAAAAAUAUCAGAUAUUAAAUAUAUGACUAAGCUGUGCCAGUUCCUUUGUAAGUUGUUCCUGGGUGACUGAGCUGCUUCAGGAUCUGUGUUAUCUUCUACAGCCCACCUCCUUUGCAGGAGAAAAAAGUAUGUUAGCAUUACUCACUCUUUUCUGGAAGAGCAUAUAGCAGACAACAACAAAUUGGCAUUUUAAAGUUUCUGGAGGCUGGUGUUCUGUAAGGAGAUGACUGCAGAAGUCUGAACGACUGGUGUCAAAAGGCAAAUCUCAGGAGACUUUCCAAAUCUUCAGGGCAGAGCAAGCUGAAUACUCAGACCGUGCUGCAGACCCAUGCUGGGCUGUGCUGGAGCAACGCUGACGGAGCUGAUCCCGGCACCAAGGGCUGGGACUCUAAAUACAGAAAUUGCACGAGGACAGUUGACUCCUGCCCCCUCACCAGCAGAUCUGCUGCUCCACGUUAAGGCUGUUCACAUCAAUGCGGAGUCCGGGGAGACCAACGCGACGUGAUGCCUGCAGAUCUUCCCUCC